CGAGGGAUAUAUAAAUAGGAAGCCAAGCCCCUCGGCUCACAGAGGAUGGCAAGGAACGGAGUGCGCUCCGCCAGCUGCAUCUCGAAGCUUCAUUCGUAUCUUCCAAGGAGAAUAUCACUGCCGAUCCAUUGCUUGCUGAUUGAACGCUGCUUCCAGAGGAGAAUCUAUUUGCUGAACUGUGAUUCCUGCUAACCCAGGGAAGCAAUGGUCGGACUGAAGCCCACUGACAUCCCUCCAACUGCUACUGUUAAGUUCCUGGGUGCCGGGAUGGCAGCCUGCAUAGCAGAUCUCUGCACCUUCCCUCUGGACACUGCGAAAGUCAGACUGCAGAUCCAGGGAGAGUCCAAGCCUACCAAGAGCGUGAAGACCAUCCACUAUAAGGGCGUCUUUGGCACAAUCACCACCAUGGUGAGGACAGAAGGUCCCACGAGCCUGUACAAUGGCCUGGUGGCUGGUCUCCAGCGUCAGAUGAGCUUUGCUUCCAUUCGUAUCGGGCUGUACGACUCCGUGAAACAAUUCUACACCUCCACGGGAUCGGAGAAUGCCGGCGUUCUCACCCGGUUGCUGGCGGGCUGCACCACCGGAGCCAUGGCAGUCACGUGUGCCCAGCCGACCGACGUGGUCAAGGUGCGAUUCCAAGCCCACGUGAGGCUGACGGAUGGAACCAAGAAAUACAACGGGACUGUGGAUGCCUAUAAAACCAUCGCCAAGGAGGAAGGGGUCAGAGGCCUCUGGAAAGGGACAUUACCCAACAUCACCCGCAACGCCAUUGUGAACUGCGGAGAGAUGGUUACCUAUGACCUCCUCAAGGAGAUGCUGCUGAAAUACCAUCUAAUGACAGACACUUUUCCUUGCCAUUUCAUCGCUGCUUUCGGAGCUGGGUUCUGCGCCACUGUGGUGGCUUCGCCCAUCGACGUCGUGAAGACGAGAUACAUGAAUUCCACCCGUGGCCAGUACAGAAAUGCCUUCAACUGUAUGCUCACCAUGGUGAUCCUGGAAGGACCCACAGCGUUUUACAAGGGGUUCAUGCCCUCGUUCCUGCGGCUGGGAUCCUGGAACGUGGUGAUGUUUGUGACCUACGAGCAGCUGAAACGCGCCGUGAUGCUGGCCCAGCAGCCGUAGGCGUCUCCAUCCUAAGCCCCAGGGAGGUCUCUGGGAUGAGACGACAUAGGCCAGAAUGGGGGCUCCCGUGGAUUCUCCUCUCCCAGGCAAAGCUUGCAGAGCUGGCUCUCGCUGCUGAACUCUGACUGGGACACAUGCUCCCAGCCGCUGAGGUGGGGACAUGCAGCUUUGGAUGGACUGUCCGGCGACAGCUGGCUUUUCAAAACCCACUUGUCACAGUCGGUGAGAUGCCAACGUACAUUACAUUACUUAAACAUGCCCAAGGGAUGCAAGAUAUUGAAGUGACGAAAAAGGACUAGAAAAAACAAAACCAUCAGUGAAGCCAAACUUUAGUAAAGCUUUCGACACGGCCUCUGAGCUCUUCAGACCAUCUUGGAUCCAGGUGCUGCCACGCGGACAGGAAACUGGAGCCCAAUCCAAGGGUGUUAUAAAGAGCAAGAGCCAACCGCCCACGGAUGGAUCUGCAGCAGGACACCGACCCGAGCUGCCUGUGGUGUAUACUAGUCAGUGUUCUGGAGCUGCACUGAGAGGGGAUUACUGGAGGAACAUUGCCCACCCCACGUGGAUCACUCGUGUCACAGGGGAAUAGUGGCCAUUAAACUGUGUCAUUGUUAUUGCUACCUUGCAGCCAUGGCGUAAUAAAAAGACUCAGACGGCCCCCAUGGGAUCUAGUUACAGGUCUCC